AUGAAGCCCGAUGUUCCUCCCUCCUACGAAAGCGCAGUCAGUCGCGAGGCAUGGUCCAUUAUCGCGCCCUGGAUUUCUUCCAGCGAUCUGUGCUCGGCAUGCCUGGUGUCGCGGAAGUGGUACUCUAUCUUUGUGCCAUUCCUCUGGGGCGACCCUGCUUCCCACUUUGGCAUUGAGAAUGACGCUGUCUACGUCGCUCUCACCCGCUUCAAACGAAGCUUGCGCAAAGCAAGAUUAAGCGUGAGAAGCCUCACUCAUACCCUCCAUCUCCCGCCAGCUCUCAGCGAGAUCUAUGGCGGUCCAAAUCCUACCUGGUUGCGCGACGUCCUCGAAUUCCUUCCCAACCUGCAAAGCCUCAUUGUCACAAAGCUGCCAUUCUUUGACCACCAUAGCCUCAAUGCCUUGAGGAACGCAAGCGCCGGCAAAAGAUUAUCGACUGAAGAAGCAGAGGUAUUUCCCACAUACGGACUGAAAUUACUACUGGCCUCCAGUGAGCCAAACACAACGUCUUCCUCACUUGCGAAUGCGCUACCAAGAUUUUCGAGUUUGGUCUACCUGGACCUGUCCUUCACGUCACCCGCAAGAGAUGCGGCAGUUCUGAUAGCCUUGUCAUAUCUGCCAGAUCUUCAGGUUCUGAAGUUGCGGGGAGUUGGUCUUAGAGAUGGAGAGGCCGAGGUCCUAGCCAAUGCCAUUGGGAUCCGUGUUCGUUUGCUCGACCUCCGAGACAACCUGUUGACCGACAUGGCCGUGCGAUCAUUGAUGCAAGCCUGCUUUCUACCCUCGGAUGCUGUACAAUCAGGAUACCUCAACGUGGAAGAUUGGCCCGUCGGCAUGGCUCCAGGGCCGGACUUUUUCAGUCUGGAUACCCUCCGGAGCGAAGAACUCGACCACGAAUUGCUCAAGCAACUCACAAAGCCCCUCACUGGAAGACUAGCUUUUGAGGACAUUCCUCACCGAGGCCUGACUCAUCUCUACAUUUCAGGCAAUCGGCUAUCUGUCGAAGGCCUAUCAAGCCUCCUGAAGUCGGAACGCCUGCACAUUCUCGAUGGAGGUUCGGUUGACACAGUCAAGACCAUUGCGCGGACUCAAUCGCUUUCUUCCCCUACAGGUUAUAUUGACGAAGUCCGCUUCCCAGGCGCCGAGAAGCUUAUUCCUGUGCUUGCAACAUCCGCUAGCAAGAAUUUGACCUACCUUCGUGUUGACCACACAUUGGUCACGGCAAAGUUCGACCCGGGGCCGGCAGUCGUGAAACCAAAAGCGUCUUCGGUCGAACUUGCGGGGACUGAGCCGCUUGCUGCUGAGCUUCCUACUCAAGCGAGGCAAAUAGUAGAGGCCCCAGCUCCUGCCCAUUAUGCGGUAGAGUUGCCAGUUCCCGAUCAAAUCUUCGAACUUGAUGCCACUCCAGCACCACCACGAGCAGAAUUGAUUGGUGAUGUGAUAUAUUUUGCCCUCAGCCCUCCAAUCGGAGAGAAGCCAGAGGUAGCAAGUCCUGUUAUUGAAAACCACAAUCCCAUCAGAGGCGAAGGUCCUUUUGCUCCAGAGGUAGUCAACGGUGCCGCGGAUGAUCUCGAGAACGACGAUCGUGCCACGGCCCCUGACUCGGAGAUCUCUGACGAAACAGGAACGCACAGUACAACGAGAUCAAUUCUUUCACCAGUGUCUCCCAUGACGGCUCAUCCCGAUAACAUGACCUUUCAACCGCUGAUAGCGCCAACUAUUCCAAAGACUAAGCCUGCACCAACGUCCGCUCCAAAGAAGGCGGAGGGUCCAACCUCAGCUCCCACAGCCACUCCCGUACCACAGCCGAACGCAUCUCUCUCACCAACUCCGGCUGUGUUGCACCAUCGCCAGGCUCGGCUAGAAGCACUGCUGGCCAAGAGACCUCCAGGGUUGUCUUCCAAGACGACCAACCCAGGUUCAGAGAUCCCGAAGAUCACGGUGCAGAACUUGAGCAGUCUCCAUCCCGCCGUGCUUCCCAACCUGAGAACUUUGAUCCUUACCGAAGUGCCCACCACAGUCCCAAGAUCUUCCCCAGUGAUCCCUGCCCUCAAGGCUUUCAUCUCUGCUUGCGCCGAUGAAGCCGCAAUUGCUCGCCUCCUUGCAAGGACGGACUAUUCUCUCCCACCCGGUCGGGCCCGCCAUAUCGCCGAAUUGGAACAUGCACGGUCGCUCUUUGCUCUUCGCACAAUCAUCCUGGAGAUGGAGGACCCUACCGUUCCGAAUGCCAGCGAGCAGCGCAGGUGGCAGCAUUCUCGUCAGCGCAUCAGCAUGAGUAAAUCCUCGACAGGCGACCGAGAUAGCGAGAAUCUUUGGUCCGCCGCAGAGAAUGACUUCAGCUUCUUCGGAGAAGAAGGCGAAGAACAGGAUGAGUGUGGAAUCUACCAGCAUGACCCGGAAAAGUAUUUCCCCACGGCGCAUUUUGAUGAUAAGAUUUUAUUAGGUCCCGAAGACCAUCCAACAGAAAGUGGCUCCAACAGUCCACAUGGGAGCCUCCACGGAUAUGGUACAUUGUCCCCAGCCAUGAUGAACUAUGGUGGUUCCACUGGGACAUUAAGAAGUCCGAGGAAUCUACCAUUGGGUCGGAACCGGAGAAGCUCGAAUGAGUCCCAGCGGAAUGGCACCGUGCGAAGUUUCUUGACUGAGAUGGCAGGCACACCAGUCUCGCCCAAGUUUACAAACGGCAGGCUGCGCCCACAGUCAAGAGAUUCGAUGGUUCCCCCGACUUCCAAUCCCGUCCAGCAGCAGGAAGAAGAGCCGAAAGUGGAUGUCAUCGCUGAAGUCGCUGCGUGGCGAAAGGAGCGAAAGAAGGCCUAUGAAGAUGAAUUGGCGCGGUACCGAAUGAGUCGUGGAAGGGGUGGCGCAGGAAGAUCGAAUAGCCUGACCAGACAAAGCAAUGGACAUUCGCCAUCUGCGCCGAGAGGCUAUGGAUAUGGCUUUGAUCAAGGUGCUGGCCCAGGCUCACUCGCGUAUGCACAUGCGCACACGAAUGGAAAUUCACCGGCCAGCCAAGGGAAUCAUACUCCCUCCGGCAGCUCACAUCAGGGCGAGAUUAACGAUCUGGACAUGAAGUUCAUCGAAGGACACUGGAAGGGAGAGAUCAAGGUGAUCAGAAACGCAACACCAAAAGGCCGAACAGGCGUGGUGGACAUGUAUGGAAACUAUUUUGAGAAGGGGUAUCUGUACCCCUGA